UUCAUAAAAAACAAACGAGCUAUUCGCAGUAAAAUACAUUUAUUUUUUUGAAAUUGUUUUCGAGAAAAAACAUUGUUCUUCCAUCAUUUUCCUUUCGAGAGUGAAUCUUCUAUUAAGUGUGUUCUUUCGUGCAAUACUCUUAUCAAUUCAACCUCUUCUGCAUGAUUGAUGCAGCAUCACUGAGUCAGUUUAAGUUUGGACUCAGAAAGCUAGACUUCAAUUACUGAGCAAUGAGAACGUUCGCAAUUUUUACAAUCAUAGUUCUAGUGGCAGUUAUUCGCGGGCAAGAUGAUAAUGUGCUGAAAUGUGCUGGCGGUAUUUGCGUUGCGAAGGCUUUGUGUCCAAAUGGAACAUACAUCGGUGGUGCGGAAUUUGCGCAGAACCAGAAUAUUAUUACAGUACGUAUUGAUGACUACGAUGACUGCACAGACUACUUACUGACCUGUUGUAAGACACCAGCGCCAGAAAUCGCUGAGGACCCUGAGAAAGCUUUUGAAGAACCCCCUGCCUCAAAAACAUUCGGCGAUGUAUGUGGUAUAAGCAACGAGAAUGGAUUGAUUUACAAUCUAAACAGUAACGAAACGGUGGCACAAUACGGAGAGUUUCCUUGGGUUGCCUAUAUUUCAAUAAUCAACGAGACUACGUCAUUAUCGAAAUUUGUAUGCGGUGGAACACUUAUACACCCGCUUCUCGUACUAACAGCGGCUCACAAUGUUGAUGAAAACUCCAGCUACACUGUGCGGUUCGGAGAGUGGGACAUUGGGACUGAUAAGGAGCUGAUUCCUCACCAGGAUAUUAUGGUCUCAUUUAUUGUACAACAUCCAAAAUACAAGCGCAUACCUAUCCAGAACGACAUUGCCAUACUCUAUCUUGAAGAAAAGGUGGAGUACCAACCACACAUUCAGCCGAUCUGCCUACCUCAAGCAACGGAUAGCUUUGAUGGCCAGCGGUGCAUCGCAAACGGAUGGGGAACUGUAAAAGGGACCUACGCGACCAUUAUGAAGAAGAUCAGUCUUCCCGUGGUCCCACGAGCCAGAUGCGAAAGGAUGCUUCAAUUUGCCGGCCUUGGACCAUUCUAUCGUCUUCCGCAAGGAUUCAUGUGUGCCGGUGGAGAAGCCAACGUAGAUACGUGCAAAGGAGAUGGUGGUUCCCCAUUAGCUUGCAAGCAAACAAAUGGAAGUUUUGUGCUAGCAGGAAUUGUAUCUUGGGGCAUUGGCUGUGGUGGGGAAAAUCUUCCCGGUGCUUACGUCUCGGUUAGUGAUUUUGUUCCCUGGAUCAAUGAAGAGAUAUAUAAAGCGGACCAGAUAUCUAAGCAUUAAAACUCAUAGAUUUGGUGCAUGAAGAUGUCGGUACAUAUGAAUAAAAUCUUUAAGUCGUGGAUUUCAUGGAAAUUUCAUGGAAAUUUACA